CUGUGCCCAGAGUUGAAGGAGUCUUUAUAUUUCUGAUAGAAGACAGCUGCAAAAAACAAAGGCGUAAGAAUUUUGAAGCUAUGCUCAAAUGUAUCCUUCAGAGUGGAUUGGAUAACUUGGUGAUAAACCACAUGCUAAAGAACAACGUGGCUGGACAAACAUCUAUCCAGACCCUAGUACCUAAUACGGAUCAAAAGUCGACCAGUGUAAAAAAAGACAACCACAAAAAAAAAACAGUUAAGAUGUUGGAAUACCUGGGCAAAGAUGUUCUUCAUGGUGUUUUUAAUUAUUUGGCAAAACACGAUGUUCUGACACUGAAGGAAGAGGAAAAGAAAAAAUAUUAUGAUGCCAAAAUUGAAGACAAAGCCCUGAUCUUGGUAGACUCUGUGCGAAAGAAGCGCGUGGCUCAUCAAAUGUUUACCCAAACCCUUCUCAAUAUGGACCAAAAGAUCACCAGUGUAAAACCUCUUCUGCAAAUCGAGGCUGGACCACCUGAGUCAGCAGAAUCUACAAAUAUACUCAAACUUUGUCCUCGUGAAGAAUUCCUGAGACUGUGUAAAAAAAAUCAUGAUGAGAUCUAUCCAAUAAAAAAGAGAGAGGACCGCAGACGCCUGGCUCUCAUCAUAUGCAAUACAAAGUUUGAUCACCUGCCUGCAAGGAAUGGGGCUCACUUUGACAUCCUGGGGAUGAAAAGGCUGCUUCAAGGCCUGGGCUACACUGUGGUUGACGAAAAGAAUCUCACAGCCAGGGAUAUGGAGUCAGCGCUGAGGGCAUUUGCUGCCAGACCAGAGCACAAGUCCUCUGACAGCACGUUCUUGGUACUCAUGUCUCAUGGCAUCCUAGAGGGAAUCUGCGGAACUGCGCAUAAAAAGAAAAAACCGGAUGUGCUGCUUUAUGACACCAUCUUCCAGAUAUUCAACAGCCGCAACUGCGUCAGUCUAAAGGACAAACCCAAGGUCAUCAUUGUCCAGGCCUGCAGAGGUGAAAAACAUGGGGAACUCUGGGUCAGAGACUCUCCAGCAUCCUUGGCAGUCAUCUCUUCACAGUCAUCUGAGAACCUGGAGGCAGAUUCUGUUUGCAAGAUCCACGAGGAGAAGGACUUCAUUGCUUUCUGUUCUUCAACACCACAUAACGUGUCCUGGAGAGACCGCACAAGGGGCUCCAUCUUCAUUACGGAACUCAUCACAUGCUUCCAGAAAUAUUCUUGCUGCUGCCACCUAAUGGAAAUAUUUCGGAAGGUACAGAAAUCAUUUGAAGUUCCACAGGCUAAAGCCCAGAUGCCCACCAUAGAACGAGCAACCUUGACAAGAGAUUUCUACCUCUUUCCUGGCAAUUGAAAACGAAACCACAGGCAGCCCAGCCCUCCUCUGUCAACAUCAAAGAGCACACUUACCAGUAUAGCUUGCAUAGUCAACAUUUGGUAUUUCAAUAAAAGUAAAGACUGUA